UGCGAGUUUGCCGCGGUGGCUGGCUGUGCGCGCGUAUGUGACCACCGCCGUCUCUUUUCUAUUCCACUUUUUAAUAGUUUAUUUCAUCGCUAUAUACAUCAACGAAGGUUUCGAGUGCGUAAAAAAGUGUCCUCUCGACGAUGAUAAUCAUAAAAAUACGGAUAUUGUGAAAAUUUGGCGAAUUUUUAGCGAGAAAUAGGAAGAAAGAGAAGAGAAAAAAACGUCGUUACGCCGUGUCGUGGUCUCGUCGCACUGCCUGUGUACGCGAUAAGCACACGGGACCCGUACCGUUGUGCUCGUUUUAUACGAACGCAACGUGAAAUAUUUGCUAGUUUUACUGUUUCCCGGGAGUUGGAAGAGACCCCGAGUACAUUUUCCGCGCUAAUGCUGUGCAAACACGUUUCGCACCGUUGUCGUUCCUAUUUUUUUUUAUUUUGGAACAUGAAUUUGAAACAUCGGGCAAACAAUGGAGUCCCCAAGUCCGGUGACGAUGAUCGGUUCCGAGGGUAAAGGACUGCACGAAUCUUAAUGGAAAAUAAAAAAAGUGACAUAUAAAUGACGAAAAAAAGUACUUGUGGCUACGAAUGAAGAGUGUGUUGGAAAGAAAUGUUUAAGAGAUACGUAUCGCGAGAGAGAAAACGAGUAUAAGAAUAGAAUAAAAUAUUUAAGUGGAAAUAGGGUUGUCGGGGGUGGUAGUCUUGGAGAAAGAGCAACGACGAGAAAAGACGGCGUGUGCGAGCAAGCAGUUUUGGAUUUGUGCAGAAGGAAUCUCCGGGGAACUCGAGGAGAGAGAGACAAGCGAGUCGAUAAAGGAGGACGAUUAACCGUCCAACACGGUGAACGUAUCGCGUCGGUGUGCACGCUAGACUCUAGAGGUUUCCGAUGAUAAAGCUCAGGAGCUGCUCUCGUCGAGACGGGCCAAAAGUUGGCAUUGAAUUAAAAAAAAAUAAUCAUCCUCUCGUUUAUCCAAUGAGAGAGGAAGAGAAGCCUCGAGUCGUGACCGAAUGAGAAAAAUAUUCUGACGAACGAGGGAUAUGCGAUAUAGCGGAGGAAGAAAGUUGCAGAGAAGAGUGGCAAGCGGAGGGGAUAGGAAGAACGCGGAGCCAUUGCUCUUUCUGCCUCUCGCGUGUCAACAGUUGCGCGCGCAUCUCGGAUGCGUGCAUUCGAUGCGAGUGAGAAAGAGAGAACACGCGCGCGAGAGAAGGCGGGAGAAAAGCUUCGGUGGUUGUUCAAAGGAAACGGCAAAAGAAGAGUUAACAUCGGGGGAGGCAUACGGGCACGGAUUCGUUCCGGUAACUCGGCCCGUCUUGGAAUCGAACGAUGAGGUGCGCGAUUAUAAACGUAUCGGAGAAAAAAUUACGUGUGCGACGGUAGUACAGUGACGAGGACGAGGACGAGGACGAGAUCGAGAUCGAGGACGAGAACGAGUAAAUAAUGCGCCGCCAAGGGUGAUGGAGACUGUGGGGAAGCAAGUCCAAGUUGUGAGCGGACUGGGGGUCGGAGGAGGUCCGGUUGGGCCUGUAGGGGGAGAUUUGCAUCAUCAUCAUCAUCAUCACCACCAUACGCAUCCCCACGGAGGGGGGGGAGGCCAUGGCCACUCGAUGGUUGGAACGGGGCCGAGUCCGGGCCGCGUUCAAGCUCAGAGCCAUCAGAGCCAACCACCACCACCACCGCCGCCGCCGCCGCCGCCGCCGCUGCCGCCGCCGCCGCCGCCCUCUCACAAUCAGCAUUUACCUGCUAGAUCAACCCCCGUCCAAUUGCACAGGCCUACUCAGAGCUAUAUAAGCAUCAACAAGAGCAGCAGUCCCGUAUCUCCCCGUACGGUCGGGGGUGGUAGUUACGUUCAAGGGACGCCCGGAGGAAGCCCGUCGGGUGGCGGAACGAUUGGUCCACCGGUCGGUGCGAGCGGGACAGGCGGUGUUGUUACCGUAACUGCGACCGGUACGGCGCCUGGAAAUUACGUCACUGUUCCUGUUCCUAAUGCUCUUCGGUAUGUACACGCUUAUCCACCGCCCCCGCCACCUCCAGCACCAUCGGCUCCCGUUAAUCAGACGCCGCCGCCACCCGGUUCCGGGGCCGCGUACACGAGGGAUCCCUAUCGAAAUGCUACGACGAACGUAAACGAAAGGGUUGCCAUAAGCGUGAGCAGUAGUCCGGUAUCGCAGAUUGGUGUCGGGGUUAUUGCCGGUGAAUACGCGGUUAAUAGUCGCAGUGAUCGGCCACGAAUCUCCCUUUUGCCUCCUGCCUCGGUAGCUCCGGCACCAUCGCCAACGGGAACCGAAUAUCACGUGACUGGAGCAAGAAAUCCGCGUGGUGGAAUAAUGCCGAUGCAAACCGAGCCAUAUCUCAAUCGCGGGAUUGAGAUAGCUACGCUUCAGGAAGCACCGCCUUUUAAAAAAAUUCGUCUUGGUCAACCUCAGCAGCAGCAGCAGCAGUCGUUGCCGCAGCAGCAGCAGCAACAACAACAACAACAACAACAACAACAACAACAACAACAACA